AUGACGAGCCAGCUGGAAACAAGCUGCCAGUCAAUCAUUGACAAGUUGACCAGUACGCUGGCUCUUGCCCGACAGUCCGCUGCUAAUCCGGCCAACCAUGCAGAAGAGUCGGGUUUGGGCGACAUUUCCAGCUCGGCGGACGACAGCAUUAUCGGUUUAAAGACCUGGCAGACUUCUCUGCGGCGGCAGGCAGACAGCACAACACCAAGCCCAGUCGCUGAGCGGUACUUGAGGCUCAUCUCGGAGCAGGCUGAUGUGAUCGGGGGUGAGGUUGCAAGAUACACCCACGCUCCAAGUGACCAGCGGCAUGAAUGGAAGCCAUCACAAGGGUUUGAAAGGGCGCGAAUGGAAAUAAAAGCCUUAAUUGGGGAACUACAUACGGUCACCAUCCCUGCUGCUGAUUCUACGAGGACGCAGCGAGAGCAAAUAGCUCGAGACGCCAACCAGCAGGUCACCGUGCUGGAAGAGUUGACACAAUGGUUCGUAGAGCGACUGAGAUCUAGUAGCCUGCCGCAGCAACGAGUUGCGACUUUCGCACAUCAGCCUACAACUGCUGGCCAGCUCAAAAUUGGCAGCCUGUUGUUUCUAUGGAAGGAGAUUCCUACUGUUGACGGCUUGACAAAGUCAAACAUCGCCAGCGGACCACACGAUGGCAUCCCGAUCGAAAGUUCACACGUGGACAAGGCCAAGAUGGUGCUUGAAGCAUUCUGUGAGGCGUGGAAAGUCCUCACUCCAAAGAUAGAGGACCAAGGGAAAUUCGAGGAUUUCAAGAACAUGGCCAGGAUUGCAACGAUAUUGAACCACUUGCCCAACGGCCCAAUUUACUUUGAUCGAUUCUUACAGCGAAGAUGGAAUGACGAUCUCAUUCCCUUCGACACGACCAAGUUGAAUAUUAUCUUCUCCGGAGCAGCCGACGCACCACGAGUUGGUGAUCUUUUCCGCGACCAACAGUGCCGCGCCAGGUGGAAAGAAUGGCCUGAGGGGACACACAUUACCUUUCGGGCUCUCGAGCCUUUGCCGCUGAAACACGAGGAAAUUUACUCACGCGAUGGAUCCUACAGCGUUGUCGACAAGGUGCGAGACCUCACGUGUCAAUCAUCUGCGCCUCGAUUCUACGCCAGAAAAUGUCAGAAAGCGACCACUGCGUCGCGCGAGCACCUAGUAAAUGAAGUGGCGACGUUGAAGAGGUUGAAACACCAUCACAUUCUGCGAUACGUCAAGUCUUACGAAAGAGGCAAUGACGAGUUCGCCUUUUUGGCAACACCGGCCGCCGACUGGUGCCUUCUUAGUUUGCUCAACCAGUAUUGCCGGAAUUCUUACGACCGUGCGAAACUCAAGCCGAUAUUGCUUAGGACUUUCGGUUGCAUCAGUCUCGGGUUGGACUACCUACAUAACGAAGCAGCGACAAGGCAUCGCGACAUCAAACCUGACAAUAUUCUGUAUCAUGACCAUCGUUACUACAUUGCGGACUUUGGGCUUGCCUACCACUUCAACCCCGAACUCGGAAGUGGCACUCUCGGUCCCUUCCAAUCCACCGAAUACUAUCGGGCUCCUGAGAACGACAGCAUAACUCAACCUCACGGGAGGUCAACAGACGUGUUUUCUCUAGGCUGCACGUUCUUGGAAAUAUUGAGCGCAAUGAUCCAGACCGGAACAACCGAAAUACGGGCUUUGCGAAUCUAUGCCGAUCAUCUCGACGAGGUGAGCAAGUGGGUUGAGACUGCUUCCUUACAAGAAAGGGGAAGGGACGAGCCGUUCAGGAGCCUGCUGAUGCUUGCUGGCAAGAUGGUCUCGCGAGACACCAAGCAGAGGCCCACCAUCCGAGCAGUCAUUGCCGAGCUUCAGGGUAUCAGUGGGAAAUUCAAGCAACCUCUGUUCUGUGACGAGUGCGCAAUGCACUUGCCAGCAGAGUUGGGGAUGAAAGGUCAAGCCGCUGGAGUACACCUAGAGGUCGAGAGUGUUAACAGCGCACAGAGCGGGCACAGCAGCAAGCUGAGUCGCAAGAGCGUAAGGAGUUUCCUCAAAGCGCAGAAAAACAAGCUGCACAAUGCUUUGACGAAAAUCAGUCACCGAGAAGAACGCGACUGA